AUGCAUGACCUCUCCUUUCUUGAAGAGGAUCAUUGUCCUUUCUUGAAGAAGAUCAUUGUCCGAAUAGGAGACAUUACUCCGGAUGAUAAAAUUUGCAUUCCUGUUAUAAAUGAGACUCUUUUGUUAUUUCGUCUCGUCAGUCUAGAAUUUGACCAAGUCAGCAUUGGUAGAUAUGUUGGAAGUUUGGUUUCUAGUUGCCCGCUACUUGAAAAAGUAACACUGGCAGGCUCCACUCAUUUCGAGUGCAUUGAAAUUGACGCUUCUAACCUCAAGUACUUAAACAUAAGUGCCAGGUUCGGAUCUGUUCAUUUGAAAAAUACCCCUCUUCUAAAAGAACUUUUUAUUGAAUCGGAUUGUUCUGACCAUUUGCAAUAUCUCAAUGAAAAAGAGGCACCUGAAAUGGCCCAGGUUUUUGGUUGUCUACCUGUAAUUGACACCUUGCAGUUGGGCUAUCGUUUUGUGGCGUUUUUGACCGUGGAUGGUGUACCUGAGAGGCUUCCGUUUACCUUAGACCACCUUAAAAAUCUUGAACUAUUUGAGCUGUAUUUUGGAGAAAUUGCCGAGCUCGCCUUUGCUCUAUGCUUGAUUAAAAGCUCCCCCAACUUUGAAUAUUUUGAAAUUCAGCUGUUUUCCAAAGAAAAUGAUGCUACACCUCCCGUUCUAGAACUUUUGGAAAUGCAAGACCAUUCAGAUGUCGCUUUCAAUCAACUUCGGGAAGUGGUGAUGCAAUUUGUCUCUGGCACAAGGCCUGAAUUGGAGUUUAUUAAGCUUAUAUUAGCAAAAUCCCCAUUGCUAGAGACGAGGCGUAUUGAAUCCAACUCAACUAUGGUUGCUGACAAUGGAGUGGGGAUACUGGGUGAGGUGACACAAUUUCGACGUAUGUCGCCUGAGGCACAAAUUUUCUACAAAGAAGAAGAACAAAAACGUGUUUAG